CAAUUAAAGAAUUACUUCCAAACGAUGAUGAUAAAAAGCAAAUCCAGGAUACUCUUUUAUUAUUGGAACCAUUAAAAGUUACAACUGAGUAUCUUUCGUCGGCUUCAUAUCCUACUCUUGCUGACGUCCGAUUUUACUUUAAUGAAAUUCAAAUGAAUCUUGAUUUUUAUAUUGGGCAAAAUAAUUUUACACAAUCUGAAAUUGCCGCUUCUAUCUUUCAGAAAAUUGAUGAAUAUUCAUCAUUAAUGGAUGCAACAUCAGUAAUAUCAACUAUCCUUGAUCCUCGUACAAAGUUAAAUGCAUUUCAUAAUAAUGAAAUUCAAGAUGCAAAACAACAAGUACUCAGGUUGAUGGAUCACUAUCAAAAUGAAUCAUUUGAAUCAUUUACUGCAACACCAGCAAAACCUUCUACUAAUAAUUCCAAAAAAACACGGGAAUAUUUUCGUGGACUUAGAAAUCAAGCAUAUGCGCAGCCAAGUUUUUUACAAAACAAGUCUCCAACUCAAAAAAAUCAUACAGA